AUGUGGCUUCUGUCCCUCCCUCCACUCCGCUUCCUCCUCAGCCUACUGGUUCUCCGCUCUCCACAGUCUACUGGUAUUACACUCCCUCCUCAACCUACGUUAGCUCCGACAGUCGUGGCGAUAUCACCUCCUUAUAUCCCAAUUGACAGCUUUUAUACUGAACUCAAUGUCAAUGGAUAUAAAUUUGCUGAGCCAAAACAUCCACCUGAAGCUGAGCCAGAGCAUCCGCCUGAAAUAGCCGCUGCACCCUCCAAAGUCCUCCAAAGUCGGGGCUGCGAUCAACCUAAAAAUACUUAUCAACGGCAAAGACCUUAA